AUGGCCGACCCAAUCCGCGUAAACGCUUGGGAAAAACUCAGCGACAUUUGCGUUCACUCCGCUCCGUUCGACUCUCCUGAGCGUGAGCCAUUCUCCCAGUGCCUUCCAGGUACUCGUGUUGAUCUCCUUGACACCCUCCGCACCGCCAUCGGAACCGAGAACAAGAAGAUCAUCUGGCUCUCCGGCGAAUCCGGGUCCGGCAAGUCCGCUGUGGCUCACACACUAGCGCAGGAGCUCCACGCCAGCGGCGCGCUUGCGGCAUCGUUUUUCUUUUCCCGUCGGCAUGCUAUUCGUAGCACCGACGACCAAUUCAUACACACCAUAUCCUACCAGCUCGGUCUCUGUCAUCCAUGUGCCAAAGAUGUCAUCAUCAAGGCGCUUCUUGAUGAUCCGUCUCUUCUUAACCCGGAAUCCUCGCGACACCGGCAGUUCACUCGACUUGUCCUCGAGCCUCUUAGAGAGCUUUCCAUGAUGUGGAAGGAACAGGAUCUGACAGCAAUCAUGUUGUUUGAUGCACUAGACGAGUGCGAGCCGGGAGACCGUAAUCGACGCCUCGGUCAGUUGGUUGACUCCUUCGCCCAGGUGCUUGAAGAUGAAAAAACAGCCAACUUUCACAUCGUGGUAACCAGUCGCCCUUACUCCCAUAUUCGAGACGCUUUGGCGAAGCCCACCCUCGUUCUACCGCACGUCAUGGAGAACUUUGACGCCAGAGACGAUAUUGAGCGCUUUCUCAAUUCGUCUUUUGACGAGAUCAGCCGUGCACACUAUUUCUCCCUUCCGAAGCCUUGGCCAUCGCUUGCUAAUCUACAACUCCUGGCGGAUAGGGUUUCCCGCCGAUUCAUUGUCGCCGCAACCAUCGUCAGGUUCUUAGAACAAAAACGCCCAUCCGACAUGCAACGUUUUCUCGACGCUCUGUUGCAGACGCAGCAGCUAACUAGCAGCAUAGAGGAGCUAUACCGUUACGUCAUCCACUCAUCUGAGCACGCUUCGAAAGGGACGUCUCUCCUCGUGCACAUCUUGACAUUAUACGAGCCUUUGCCCAUACUCGAUAUCUCGCGCCUUGUUCAAUACGACGCCCGUCCGGUACUUGUUCCGCUGGCUGCUAUAGUCUACGUUCCACCUAUCGACUCAGCUGAACCUGUCGCAACAUAUCACACAUCGCUUCGUGACUUCCUCUGGGACGAGUCGCAGUCGCAAGAGUUUUAUUUCAGUCCUGCCGCCGCUCAUUUCUCCCUCGCUACCAAUUGCUUAGAGCUCAUGGAUGGACCGCUCACUAAAGAUAUAUGUGACCUUGGUGAUGCUUCACGUCUACACACCGAGAUUGAGGAAUUUACAGCCAAGAGAGACAAGGCAAUCUAUCCUGCCCUGGCGUAUGCUGCGAGGUUCUGGCUCCACCACCUUUGCGAGUCACCGCCCAAUCCUGAGUUGCAAGACCUCCUUUCACGAUUUGUCAAGGUACACAUCCUCCAUUGGAUUGAAGUGGCGUCCUUGACGGGUGUUUUCGGCCACUGCGUUGCCCCUCUAUUUCGAGCACUUUCACACAUUAAAACAUGGACAUCAAUGCCUGAUCAAGAUGACACUCUCGCUCUCUUGAAUGACACAUAUCGGCUCAUGAAUGAAUUCUUCGACUGCAUCACCCAAAAUGCCCUCCAUGUCUAUUGUAGCGCCUUACCACUGUGUCCAACGAAAACCAAACUCCGAGAAGUUUACGCACAGGCCCUUUGCUACGCAUCAGCUACUGUGGUUGAAGGGCUCGAUGAAGAUUGGAGUCCUGUUGUUCGAGUAAUCAACUUCGAUGAUGGUGCCGAGGUGCUCUGUACCUCUUUUGAUGGUCGCCUUGCAGCUGUAUUGGGAGGAAAGAAGAUCGAGGUAUGGGAUAUUAUGGCCAAUGUCGUGGUUACAUCCCGCCCUCGUCGCUUCAUUGGGGGUUACAGCAUUCACGGUAUCUUCAGCAAGGACUCCUCUUCCCUUCUGUUUUAUAAUCGUUGCGUCUAUGAGCGCUGCUCCGACCACGACCCCGAAACACUUCACAUCUGGGAUCUUUCCACCGACACGAUCGCUACAGUUGACGCCACAGGCGAGAUUGAUGUCGCAGCUGUCUCCUCGACUGGAGAUCUGGUGUCCUGGAUUAGUAGUGAUACACUGACUAUUGUGAAGAAGGACAAGCGCACUAACCAAAUCAUCACUGAGGAAUAUGAACUCGAUGUCUUUGAACAAUUACAUCAACAGAAGUUAUAUUGGUGUUCACAGCUAAGGUUCUGCUCCCAGGAUUCUUUCAUCGUUGCUGUAUGGAGGUAUCACGGGCCCAAUAAAUAUGUCACUGUGUGGGAUUGCCAUAGCGGGCAUCUUGUUCGCGCCACCUCUCUCGAAUCUGGCUCGGACCUGGUAGCAGUCACUUCCGACGUGCACAGCAUAGCAUUCUUCUUGAAUGACAGUGAGGCACAACCUAUGUUUAUUCCAAUUCCCACACAAGCAGAUCUCGACCAUGACUCCAACCCAGAGACUGCCUCCUGUGUUUUUUGGCGUGCGGAGGACUACUAUGGCGCGUCAUCCCAUCAUUACAGCGCCACGCACUUUGAACGUGGUAUAUUCAAAUUUGAUGGUGCAUACUACUGGUAUCCAUGUAGGAACCCCGGCUAUGGUGAUGGUGAAGACGACGAAGGAUGGAAUACACUUGAGCGUUCGGCCGUAAAAGGGACCGCUGGAUUCAUCCCGUUUGCUGUAUCACGGACAUGUAUUGAACUCAUCGACCCCUGCCUAUUGUCUCCUCUGGGUUCAGAAGAUGACAAGGAAGAUGUAUCCCGGAUGGCUGUGCCUGGCUGCGGCGACAACACAUUUGCUAUGGUUCAGACUGCACAACGCCAAGGGUGGCUUCACAUUCGACGUACGCAGGGCAGGGAAACUCUAGCAAGCCUUCCAGAUGAAUAUUGCGACACGGUUACUACACUUGGCGAAAGAUUGAUAUUCUGCUCUCGGGAUGGAACCCUCCUUGGUCUGGGCGAUAUAAGCACUCCCAGCCUAAGUGUCUACAACGCUAGUACCCAUCAUAUCGAGCGAGUCUUAACCUUGGAUUCCCUGGACUAUGCCCCCGAUGGGGCUUGCUUCUCGCCAAACUCAUCUUAUCUUGCUGUACUGAACUAUGAUCGGGGAGGAGUCACCGUAUGGAGUAUCCCAGCCGGCGAGGAAGUCUUUAGGAUACGACUACCCUUGCAUGACAGUAUACGCAUGAACAGGGUGAGAGGCGUGGACUUUGCGGGGGGUGACAGGUUACGCUUGCAAGACUGUCCUCAAAAAGAGUUGGAUGGGAUGAUCCGGUGGAACAAAUGUGAAAUAAAUCUUACACCCCCCAACGAUAGCUGGAACUACUCGACUUCAUGUCAUAACAACCCCGACGUGACCUGGGAUGACACGGACGUCAUCACUGCUAACAACUCACAAGUCAACAAGUGUCUUAUUCGCCUUGAUCGCCUUGUUGACUACUUGGACAAGGGCUGCAACAAAGAACUUGAAGGAUUUCUUCUCCUCGAGGAAUGUCAAGACCAACCUCUGCUACUCACGAAGAAAUAUCCUACGGGUACCAUCCUAGACGUGUACACUUGGUCCUCGUUCAGGAUUGAUCCUGACGGCUGGUUAUGGAAUGAUCCACAUAGGCUGAUUUGGAUUCCGCGACAGUACAGGCCUACGGUCGGCAACCUACCGUAUACUGAUGAGUUCGAACAUUUAUACAAAUCAAGAGCCGCGGUGCGCAAGUUCGGAGAGUCCGGGGUUCUCAUUUUUUCACACGAGCGCGAGUUGCCUUUGAUCCUCGAGUUUCGAUAAUGGCGAGUCGUUGCCAUAG